AUGGCGGACUAUGGACGUGGAGGCCGCGGCCGCGGCCGUGGCGAUGGUGAGAACCGUGGCCGCGGCCGAGGUGGUGGAGGAGGAGGAGGAGGAGGAGGAGGAGGAUUCCGUGGUGACCGCGGCGGCGGUGGCGGGUUCCGUGGUGAUCGCGGCGGCGGUGGCGGGUUCCGUGGUGAUCGCGGCGGCGGUGGCGGGUUCCGGGGCGACCGCGGCGGCCGUGGUGGUGGUUAUGGGGGAGAUCGCGGAGGCCGGGGCGGCGGUGGUUUCGACCGUGGUGGCCGAGGUGGCCGUGGCGGUGGCCGCGGCGGUCGCCCUCCUCCCCACAACAUGCCCUCUAUUCCCCAGGCCGACAGCAGCAUUACCGAGCUCGAGAACAGGAUCAUCAAGUCCCACCAGGCCAAGGACACCGACCUUGUCAAGAAGAUGAGCAGCAUGACCAUCACCGAUGCAAACGCAGCCGCUCUUAUGCCCCGUCGUCCUGCCUACGGUACCUUGGGCAACAAGGUUCUCCUUUGGGCAAACUACUUUCGCUUGACAGUAAACCCUAACAUUAUCUACCGAUACAACCUCGAGGUUCGCAAGGGUGAAAUCAAAGAGAAGGAGCCCGUCAGCACUGAAAAGGGUAAAGGCAAGGCUAAGGGGAAACCGCAGGGCGGCGGCGGCGACGGCCCUCCCGCCACGAUUCCCGCUCGCAAGUUGAAGAUCAUCCUUCAACAUGCUAUCGAGGAGCUUCGAAGACUCGAGCCCGGCGCCAUUAUCGCCACCGAGUUCAAAAGCCAGCUCGUCUCGCUCAAGAAGCUCAAGUUGGCCGUUAACCCUAUCGCCGUCAUCUUCAAGCAAGAAGGAUCUGAUCGCCAAGAGUCGUACUUGGUCACUAUCGUUGGCGAGACGCAAGCUCCUUUAAACGACAUGAAGGAUUAUCUGAAGACCAUGAUCGACAAGAGUGACCCGGACGAAGCUCAUUUCCCCAGGUUCGCGACCUCUGUGGAUGCUCUUGGCGUCAUUCUCGGCUACGCUCCACGGAGUAGUGAACAGGUCACUGCUAUUGGCAAGGGCCGUUUCUUCCCGUGGGGUCCCGGAGCAGCCACCGCCCAGCUUGGCUACAAUGACCCGCUCACGGCUAUUAGGGGCUACUUCCAGAGUGUCAAGCUUGGCACUGGUAGGAUGCUCCUGAACGUCAACGUCACUCACGGCGUCUUCAAGACCCCGGUCAACGUCAGUGAACUUUGCCGUUGGUUCAAUGUCGCCGUUUUCGGUCAGGGCGAUCCAGUCGCAGCCAAGAAUGCUCGAAUGCGCCUCCGCACUUUGUCCAAGUUCCUGGCUCGCACUCGAGUCUUCGUCAAGUUCCGUGACUUCAACAACAAGGAGAUCACAGGUAAAAAGACCAUUCUCGGUCUUGCGGAUAGAUUCGACGUGUCCCAGCCCGUCCUGGGCAGAGAUGUGCUCUUCCAACCCGAGUUCAAUCACGGCGGUCCUCGAGAGGUCAAGUUCAACCUGCAGGCGCCUGAGGGUAAAGACAAAGUCAUGGGCAAUAAGCCGCCCGGCUUCUACACCGUCGAGCAGUACUGGACGUGGAAAUACGGCAAAGCUCCCGACAAGACCAUGCCCCUCGUCAACCUUGGAUCGCGCGAGAAGCCCAUGUUCUUCCCUGCCGAGCAAUGUACCAUCAUGCCUGGUCAAGCCGUCCGCUCAAAGCUUACUGGCGACGAAACGACGGUGAUGCUCGACUUUGCUUGUCGGUCUCCCUUCGCCAAUGCCAUGUCCCUGACGGUCGACAGUUGUUCGGCUUUGGGCUUUGACACCGACCUGCUCAGCGGCUUCGGUCUGGAGGUGGACAAGAAGCUUUUAACGGUCAUUGGGCGCGAGCUCACUCCACCUCCUGUGUCCUACAAGAACAAGGACAUUACAGCCAGAGCAGGUUCCUGGAACAUGAACGGUGUGAAGGUCGCGAAGUCUGGACGGAAGAUCGAUGCCUGGACUUGGGUGCGCAUCAUUGACGAUGACAAGGGCUCUUAUGUCAGUACCGAUGACGUGGGACGUAUUGCCGGAAACUUCUCUCGGUUCCUUGAGACUAGCGGCAUUCCAAUCAACCAACAAACGGCUGCCACGCCACGCGAGAUCCACGUCCGUCAUGGCAAUUACGACGUGCCCAUCGACAACUGGUUUGCCGGCUUGAAACGACAUCUCAAAGGUAUUACCAAGAACUACUUCUUGCUUGUCGUCCUUCCACGUCAAGACACAGCACUCUACGGCACCAUCAAGAAGCUCGCAGAUACCCAGUACGGUAUUCACACAAUAUGCGUGGUAGAGAAGACCUUCAUGAAAGACAGCCCACAAACUUAUGCCAAUGUCGGACUCAAGUGGAACUUGAAGAACGGAGGCGUCAAUCACAUUGUCAAGAACCCGAUCGACAUUAUCAAAGCCGGCACGACCAUGGUUGUCGGAUACGACGUGACUCAUCCCACGAACAUGCCGAACGAUAAGAAUGCUGCGCCUAGUCUGGUCGGGUUGGUGGCCAGCAUCGACAAGGAUAUGGGACAGUGGCCUGCAGUGGCGUGGGAGCAGAACAGUCGCCAAGAGAUGCUUGGUGAUGAACUGACCGGCCACUUCGAGGAUCGCCUGCGCCUUUGGAUGAAACACAACCAGAACAAGCUGCCGGAGUACAUCGUCAUUUACCGUGACGGAGUGUCCGAGGGUCAGUUUACACAGGUUCUCGAAAUCGAGCUGCCCAUGAUCCGCAAGGCGUGCUCUAAGCUUUACACGGCCGGCCGCAGGCCCAAGUUAUCGAUUAUUGUAUCCGUCAAGCGCCAUCAGACCCGGUUCUACCCAACUUCGGAGCAAACCAUGGACCCCAAGUCACGCAACAUCCGCAGCGGCACUGUCGUCGACCGCGGCGUCACCCAGGCCCGCUACUGGGACUUCUUCCUCACGGCGCAUACGGCCUUGAAGGGAACCGCCCGCCCGGCACACUACACAGUCCUCUUGGACGAGAUUUUCCGCGGAAAGUACGGCGUCGGCGAGACUGCCGCGAAUAAUUUAGAAAAGCUGACGCACGACCUGUGCUACUUGUUCGGCCGAGCUACCAAGGCUGUCAGCAUUUGCCCGCCUGCAUACUACGCUGACAUUGUAUGCGAGCGUGCCCGUGUGCACCGUCCUGAGCACUUCGAUGCACCGGACACAGCCUCGACAAUUAGUGGUGUAUCGGGGCUGACCACGGGCAGACGCGUGCAUGAGAACUUGAAGGACACUAUGUAUUACAUCUAA